UUAUUGAAUGGCUGAUGAAAUAGUUGAUUAAUAAAAAAAAAAUUAUAUAAUUAAAAUAAAUAAAAUUCUUUGUUACAGAUGAAAAUAAAAAAAUAUAAAUAUCCGAAAAAUUAUUAUGUAAGUUUAUUUUAAAAAUAAAUAAUAAUUAACUGAAAAAUGAGUAAUAAUAAUUUAUAUAAUUUAUUAUUCAAAUGAUAUUAAAGUGUCUGAGAAAUUUGAUAAAAUCAUACACUAUUAAAACCAAUGAUGCCUUGAUUAAAAAUAAACUUAAUCAAAAAAAAAAAAUUAUUACCAUCGUAUAAAAAAUUACAUAAUAAAGAGAGAAUAAAUAUCAAAGAUAUACAUUGUUCUGCAAUAAAAUUGAUAAGAAUUUUAAGAGAUAAAUUAAUUUAUCUUGACGAUUUUUUGUGUUAAGCAUCAGUUGAUAUAUUUUUUCAUAACGAUAAAAAUAUACACGUAGUUAUUUUAAUAAUGUCAAAAAUAUUUUGAUAAUAUUUUACAUUAUUAAUUGCUUCAAAAAUAGUAAAUGACAAAAAUAUAAAAUUAAAAUUAUUUUAUCAAAUGUGAUUAUAUUUUUUAAUUGUAAAUUAUUAAUUAAAAAAAAUAAAAUACAAAAAUGGAUGGAUCAGCAGUGCCACAUUUUGAACAGGCUGCAUCAGCUGCUUGUUCAAUGGCAACAAAAAUACUAGCACCAGUUAAAACAGAACGUCAAAUAUAUGAAAAUUCAAUGCUAGAAGAUGAUCCAAAUGGAAAUUCUGUGAUUACAACAAAUAUUAAAAAUUUCGAGGAUAAAAGUGUGCCUAGAUGGGGACCAAAUCAUAAAGGAGCUCAAGAACUUGCUAAUUUAUACAGCACAGGUAAAAGAACACAAGAGUGUAUUAGUGUGGGAAUAUGCAUAACAUUAAUGGCAGCAAAUUCAUUUUUCAUUGUAAUACGAUUGAGAUUGGAAAAUUUUGGUUCAAUUGUUAUUGCAGCAUUGUGUGGUAUUAUAACUGCUGAUUUUGUAUCUGGUCUUGUUCAUUGGGCUGCUGAUACAUGGGGUUCAAUUGAAUUGCCAAUUUUAGGAAAAAAUUUUUUGAGGCCAUUUAGAGAACAUCAUAUAGAUCCAACGAGCAUUACGAGGCAUGACUUCAUCGAAACAAAUGGCGAUAAUUUUAUGGUGACGAUACCAGCAUUGUGUAAAUUAACGUGGGAUUUUUUAACUUUGUCAGAGCCUGAAAUCCAGCAGAGAUUCCUCUGGAGUUGUUACUGGUGGCAACUUGCGAUAUUUGUAGCAAUGACUAAUCAAAUUCAUAAAUGGUCUCAUACGUAUUUUGGAUUACCUGAUUGGGUAGUAUGGCUUCAAGAACAUAGAAUAAUACUUCCUCGACGUCAUCAUCGUGUUCAUCAUGUUGCACCACAUGAAACGUAUUUUUGUAUAACAACUGGUUGGUUAAAUUGGCCACUGGAAAAAUUACGUUUCUGGUAUGUUCUGGAAACAAUAAUUGAAAUAUCAACUGGAUAUAAACCACGUGUUGAUGAUUUUAAAUGGGCACAAAAAAGAACAUGAAACUAGAAUUAUUCAGUUUUAAAUUUUUUUUUAUAUUAAGUAUUUAUUUUAUUUUUUUUUUCUCUUCUCAGUUUUAUUACACUAAGUUCAAUGGUAUAUAUAGAAAAAUGAAAAAAGAUUUAAAAUACAUUAAUAUAUUAUUAAAUUAUUAGUGCACUUAUAAAUAUAAAAUAAUAAAUAUAAUAAAUAAUAAUAAAUACGGGGCGGGUACCUACUCGUGCACUGAUAAUUAAAAACAUUUAUAUUGCAAUAAUUAAUUUAUAAUAUUCAUCAAUUAUUAUCGGCAGAUAUGCAUUCAGGAAUUGCACUUAUAGAAUAAAUAAAAUAUUCAAUGAAUGACUGACUGAAAAUGAUAAAAAAGAAUAUAUAUAUAUAAUGAAUAAUAAUUAAUAAAUAUAAAUAAAUUAUUGAAAUGAGAAUAUGAAAAAUUAUCAAGACGAAAUUAUGUCAAUAAAAUAUUAUUUAUAUUUUUUAGUAUUGUUAGAAGACCAAGUCUUUUUUUUAUUACUCAUAGUAUUGAUAUUUAUUUUUUAACAAUUAAUCACAAUAUAUUAUAUUUAUCGCAAUAGUUGCACAAUUUAUUAACAAGGAAAAAAAAAGACAAAUUAAAAAAUAUUAGUCAUUUAAAGAAGUUUUUUUUCAAGUGGCAUUGAAAAUUAUAUUGGAUUAAAAAAAAAAAAAAUAAUUGAAAUAUUUAUUGUUUAAUUGUCGCACAAUAGGCCUCAUAUCAUUUUUUAUUUUUUUUUUUUUUCAAUUAGUAUUUGAUUCAUAGAAAAACAAGUCAUUUAGGUUUGCACAAUUUUUUUUUUUUUUUUUUUUCCUUAUUGAUAUAUUAAUUUUAAAAUGAAUUGUGUUUGAUAAAAAAAAAUAAAAUAAAAUCAUGUAUUUUUGAAAUAGCUAUAAACAUUUUGAAUUUUUUAUAAAAAUUUUAUUUGUAUAAUGGAUUUAUCAUGGAGAUUUUCAAAAUUUAUAAUUUGAAAAAUAAAAAAAAAAAAUUGAAAUUAUAUUUUAAGAAUAGAUUAAUACACAUUGUCAAUUUGAUAAAAUUAUAAAAGUAAAAAUUAACAAUUAAACGCCGUCCUACAUGAAAAUAUAAUUGUAAUAUAUAUACCUCAAUUGAAAGCACACUAAUUAAUGUUAUGUUCAUUUUUUAAUUAUCUAUUUGACAGUGUUUUAAAUAUUUUGUGUUACUUUUUUUUCAAAAACUUACUACUACUUCAGAUAGUUUUCGUAAUUUAAUGUUUUUUUUUUUUUUACAAUAUUUAAAUGAAUAUUGACUGAUGUUUAUCGAAGAUUUUUUAGAUCGAUAAUAUUUUUGUUUGAUAGUUUGAACAGUUAUUAUAAUUAUGAUAUUUUUUUUUGUUUUUAAACCAAAAAAUGUCUCAAAAUUACGUCAAUUUAUAAAGUUUAUUUUUUUUAUACGAAAAAUAAAUUGUAGAUAGAAACAAAAAUACGAUUCAGUCAAUGUAAAUUUUUUUAAGUGAAAAAAAAAAAAACAAAAAUUCUAUGUAAUUUAUUAUGAGUAUUAUUGUUAUUGAUUGUGUUGUUGUUAUGGAUAGAAAAAAAAAUGAAUAAAAAAUUUUAAAAAUUACAUAAAUAUAAUAGUGCAAAAACAAAAAAAAAAAUGUUUAGAUUAUUGUAAAAAUUCUAGUCACUGGAAGAAAAAAUUUGAAUGAAAUUAAAACUAAUUAUAAAAAAAUAAAUAAUAAAAUAAAAUCAAAAGAAGCUGGCAAAGUGGUUUAGAUAUCUUGAAUAAAAAAAAAUCAUUUAUUUAUUGUAGAAAA